AAAGCAGCCUACCUAGUACCUACAUUACCUAAUCAAUUAUUGAUAAACUGAUGUUUUGGUUUAUAUUGCUUGGUGAAAUAGAAAUGGGCAAAUUAACAAUAUGAAUCAUAAAAUGAUUACUAGGUAUUUCUUUUUUGUAGUAACGGGACCAUACAAAAGUAAACAAGACACAAAGAUUCGUGAUAUUGCAAAAAAUAAGAUGACCAAAUCCAUUUGUUCUUGUCCGGCCCGCCAUGAAAUUUCAUGAAUUUUCGUCUCGUUAACUAUUGCUUAAUGUCCCUUGAGUUUUGCAUCGUUAGAUACCCGCUUCAAAUUUAGCAUAUUAAAUGUGAUGAAGUCCAGUCCGGCUUUGCUUUGCAUAUGACUUACUUAAACAAAGCGUUUAUAAGAUUAGCAACCUAAUAAGUUCCAAUUUAAUUGUUCCUAAAUUACUAUACCUCUAUUUUCGGACCCCACCAUUUACAACAAAACCCUAUUAGUUGAAAAAUAAGCAUAACACUUUGAUGAAUACCUGAAAAAUACGCGGCCCCGUCAUUCUAACGCUAACAAUAGCAUUGUUGAUCCGCGGAGAGUUUACACGCUCCUUAAGCCAAACCCUUUCAGUAAUAACCGCAAAGCUCGUUGUCAAGCCUGCGGAAGCCUCAGUCCUGUACAAACUUGCGGCAGUGCCCGAAGGUCCGCUGCGCCGGCCGCUCGCGCCCAUGCCGCUCUGUGUGGAAAACAUCGCAACUUCACCAAGUCAAUCUAACUAAGUCAAUAGGUACGAGAACUGUGUUCAUGAAAUAUUUUUCAAUUCAAGCAUUAAGUAACUUUUGAUUUGUUUGUUAUAGAUAUACUUUUUAAACGGUGGCGUGUAGUGUAUAAAUAAGUGAUAACUUUAAUUGUGUGUGAAUUUAUGUUAAGUGACAGGUGCAACUAAUUUUCUUGCCCCAACUUAGGUCGGCUGUCUCGAAAGGAAGUUUCAUUUUGAAGAGCAUUCACACCAACCGGCCGGUGCUGUCGAAAAUAGUAGCAGCGCUCUGCAUAUUUUCACGAUAAUAAACUUUUGUAAUGGAUCAACGGAACCACGAUGAGAGAUAACCCGCUACAAUGACAGUUGACACUAUAAAAUGGAGAUGAAGAAACAAGACAAACCGGGCAGUUUAUCGCCACUGAAGCCAACAUUAAGGGUCGACAGCUGCGAAGAGAGAACCUCUCGAUCUGGCAGCAAAGCGGAGAAAGAGCUCAAGCUACCGCCGGAGAAGUCGCCCGACGAGGGUGGCGGCAAGAAAGAAAGACGGCUGUCCAAGGCUAGUGAUAGUUCCCGGGAGACUUUUGAAAGGCAAGAUUCAAAACAGUCAUCGAUUACGAGUCCAAAAGUCUCUCGGAAAUACUUUACGAAUUGGAAGCAAGCGUGCGACAAGACAAAAGAUAAAACCAAAGAGUUGCUGAAGCGGUGGAGGACGCUGCCCGAAGCGGAGGUGCCAGAGGACCAGAUGCAGGCUGCGGCCAACCAUGACCACGAGGAGGAGGAACACCGCGGCUGGAGCGUACAUGUGUGGACGACGUGGGUUAACCGCUUCAGCGAAGACCUGGGCUGCCUGGAGCUGGAGGACGAGCAGCCGCUGGCGCAGCUGAGCUCCGUCCAAACCGACAAGCUGACGCUGUUCUUCACGGAGCUACUCGACCACGACAGAGAUGACGUUAUUUGUGAUCAAGACUUUGACCCCUUCUUUGAGAAGCUCGCUCACUUCGCCGACUGGUCGGUCGACUCGUCCGAAUUCCACAUCAUGUUAGAAGUGAAACGGGAAUUCAUAGAGCAGUUCAUCAACCCGCUGCCUCCCAAAUACGGUGAGCUACCCUACUACAAGCGCGUGUGCGGCCCCGAGGCCGGAGGGUACCCGGGCCGAACCACGCUGGAAGGCUGGCUGGCGAGGUGGGCGCUCCUUCUGAGUCGAUACCGCCGCUUCUCUGACUUGCCGCUAUACUUGCAGUACCUGUGUAAGAUACUGUUCCACGUCGUAGACAGAACCAGUACUGGUGAGAUAACGAAGUCGGCGCUCGCGGCCUUCUACCGCUCGGUUAUUGGGCUCAGCGCACAGCGCGUCGAAGAAAUCAUCGACACAGCCUAUGACCGCAUGACUAGUAACAGUUACCUAAUCCUGGAUUACGGCACGUACGUGCACUGCUUCACUAACUGGCUGAUGGGGAAGAACCCCAACGGCCCUGGACAAUGGGUUCUAGUGCCCUCUAAAGACACCCUCCCCGAGCCUCCCUUCCCUGUGGACUACAGCGCGCUGAACACCGAGCCAGCCAAGUUGGAACCGUAUGCUCCGGAUAAGAAGACUAAUAGACACUCUGUUAUAGUGUAAGUGAUACGAUUCGGCUACGGAUUUAUAACCGAAGAAAAGAUAACCAUUCCAUGUUUUAUACAAAUGUUAUGUAAAAAGUAGAGGUCAGUCCAUAGAUCUUAAGGAAGUAGGGAAUUGGAAAUCAACCUACUCAAAACCAACUUCUUUCCCACUACCCUGGUUUCUUCAACGCUUUACUCUGUUAGGUGUUCGUCGCCGGGCGAAGUUCACGGGAAUCAUGAUAAUAAUGUUAUUUUACAGAAAGCAUGAUAGUAACUAAUGUGACCUACGUGAUUUAGACACUAACAUAACUUAGGUACAGAGCCCACACACUAUCUUUUGUCAAAGUGUACUCCUGUGAUUCUCACGCAAACCACGUAAAACAUUCUUCUUUACCCUUGCUCAUAAUUAAAGGGUAAUUCCAGACGCAUUUAUACAGGGAGCAAUAGUAACGGCUGCUGUUACUCCCAAGAGAGUGAUGGAUUUUUAAUUAUGCGACUAAGUUAUGCAAAGCAGGUUGCACUCUAGUCUAAUUUUAUUUAAGUCUUACAUUAUGUGAAUCAAGCUAAUAGCUUUUCUGUAUAAAGUAAUAUAUUUAAUUAUCGUUUUCCUUCGUAGUAAUGUAUUUAUUCAACGUCACAAUAUAUACAAAUUAAAUAGUAAGUACUGAAAAUGUAAAACAACACAAAGACGUCAAAAAGGAUCCGCCCCACAUAAAAUCAUGCCACGGCAAGAUAUAGCGCUGGUUUUCAGUGAGGACCUAACUUAAAACUAAGUCCAAGCGGUAUCAGGUUUCUGUUUGAUUCUAGUUAACAAAUUUAGCCAUAUCGCCUUUAUUGCAAAAUAUACAAUUAUUUACCUACUUAUUGCUAAUUAUACUAUGUAUUGCAUUAAGUAUGUAUGUAUAUGUGUAUAUACAUUAUUGUACAUGGUACAUAGAAAAACACAAAAACACAGUUACAGAGUAAAUUAAAUACAACAAAGGCGAACUUAUCCCUGUAUGGAAUUUCUUCCAGUUAACCUUUGAGAAAAUGAGUAGAACAGAAGUAACGAUGAAUGAAUGACAAACAAAAACAAAGGUGUUAGUUAGUAUUAAGUCAUCCUGAUCCUCACCUGGUUCGCUUUAUUAAGUUCGAUCUCGUCGUAAAUAAAUGUAGCUAUCAGGGUUUAAUGAGUACCUACGCAAAAAUAGAAAAAUGAUAAGAGUGGCGGAAACUUGCAAAAUUCAUUCAAAUAAUAACCGAAUGAACUUAUGCAAUAAGCACAUUAUUCUAGUCUUCUAACAUAAAUACGUACGUAGCAAUAAGGGUAGGUUAUUAGAUAUAGUAUAAAAACUAUCUCGUAAGUAUUUAGAACCGGUUGGGAACUAUGUUAAAAGCCCCUAGGAUAUUUUACCAACACUGCCAUAAGUAGUACGUACCUAUCUAACGUAUUAACGUACCUAAAUGCACACGCAGAGCGGGAGCUGCACGCUGCGCAUACGCCGCGUAUUUGUUAGACCUAGUCGCACCUUACAUUUAAACAGAUAAUUACCAUACAGUUAAUAGGCCUUUAGCUUAGCCCCCAACCUCAAAUGUGGUUUCGCUUCUAUUUGCAAACGCUUUAUAUAAAUUAUAUAUGGGUGCAACUCGACCAAGUCUAUUAUCUCUAUUAUGUAUUAGAAAAUAUGUAAUAAGUCGAUGUAAAUAGUAGGAAUAUACACAACACGAAAAGCAAAAACUGCCUUAAAUAAACGUAUUCACAUCUCACGAUAUAGCCUUAUUUUGUACCUUAGUAUUUAAUGGAGACUAAUAUACUGUUAGAAUUAAAUGUCACUUUGAACCGGA